AUGGAGGCGGGCGGCGAGGUUUCCAAGGCCAAGGAGCACUUUGUCCUGGUGCACGGCGCGUGCCAUGGCGCCUGGUGCUGGUUCAAGCUCGCGUCCCUGCUCCAGGGCUCCGGCCACCGCGUCUCCUGCAUCGACCUCGCCGGAGCAGCCGGCAGCCUCGUCAACCCCAACGACGUCCGAUCCUUCGAUGAGUACGACGCGCCGCUCCUCCAGUUCAUGGCGGCCCUGCCGGACGCCCACAAGGUAAUCUUGGUAGGACACAGCGCAGGAGGACUAAGCGUGACCCAUGCGAUGCAUUUGUUCACAGACAAGAUCAAGCAAGGCAUCUUCAUAGCAGCAGACAUGCUCCCGUUUGGCUUCCAAACAGAACAAGACACCAAAGAUGGUGUACCUGAUUUUUCAGAGUUUGGGGAUGUGUAUGACCUGAACUUUGGUCUGGGAGAAGAUCAUCCACCUACCAGCAUGGCACUAAGAAAGGAGUACCAGCGCACAAUCCUGUACCACCAAAGCUCCCGUGAGGACUCCACACUUGCUUCCAUUCUGCUGCGUCCAUUUCCAGCCGUGCUUAGCACUGCCAAGUUUGGUCGUUGCGUCGAUGAUGGUGUCGAGAGCCCUGUAAACGCAGUCCAUCGCGUGUACAUAAAAACGGCAAAUGACCGUACGUUGAAGCCGGAGCAGCAGGAGUCCAUGAUUCGUCGUUGGCCACCAAGAAAGGUGAUGGUCAUGGACACUGACCACAGUCCUUUCUUCUCUGCACCAGAGCGCCUCUUGGAGCUGAUCCUCGAGUCAGUGUGACCGGUGGUGAACCGUAUCCGCAAUCCCAGUGGAGGCUUCACCUGUUCAUUGAGUUAUGUUGUACGCCAAUUGGAGUUGUCAUAUAUCAACAGAUUUUUUUUUCAGUUGUGCACCACAAAACAUAAUUUUACAGCCAAAUUAGAUAAAUACUCCCUCCGUUCUUUUUUAU